AUGGCGGAGAUGGAGGCAGCCGGCGCAAAUGAUGUGAAUGGCUCCGCGGCCACGAAAUCCACAACCAAUCCCUACGAAACCAACCCUGAUCACAUCCCCAGCGAUGACCCGUUUGUUUCUCAGAGCGCGCAGUAUGGCCGGUACACACCGCGCGCUGACGACUUCACCCCUCGUUUCAUGCACUGGUAUCAACCUGACCCGGCCGUGCACAAUUACUGGGAGAAGGUCGCGCAACAAUAUUGUACCCCGGAAUACUCCCUCAACAUCUCUGGGCCGAGGGAGGCAUUCGCAGUUGGAAGCAUAAUCAUUCGGGUUGACCGCGAAUUGGCUGACGGGACUAUGGCGGAAAGAUACUCUUCUACAAAUGCGAAUGAACUUUUAGCCGCGCAGAAGGCUGAGAAUCCGCUGAGAGAGAUUGGAGUCACAGUGCCGGUGAUAUACUUUUGUGGGACAAUUGAAGGGAGAAAUGUCACAAUCGAGUCUCGCAUUGCGGGCGUCUCGCUGGAAGUUGCCUGGAGGUAUCUCGAUGCGGAUCAAAUUGAGGUUUUAAAGAAUCAAUGUCGCCAGGUCCUACAACGUAUUGGAACAACCGAUUCCCCCGCGCAAGAACCCUCCUACGUCCACCGUGAACUCAACUCCCAUACUCCGCCCUUUGUCGAGCCCCGCGAACGAGAUAUCCUAUUCACAGACAAAGCAAAGGAGGAACAUCUAUUCUUGACACACAACGAUUUGAUCCCGACCAAUAUUAUACUUCACGAUAAUCGGGUGGUGGGAAUUGGUGGGUGGCGACAAUGCGGAUACUUUGGCCCCAUCAGAGCCAAGAAGGUGCAUCGACUCUUCAGGAAUCUUGGACCUACGCCUCAGAAUGGCCUGACUAGUUCCGAGAAGAGUCUGUCGUGGGCGGACCUCUACGAUGGUGUUUAUGACCCCAAUAAAGGCCCACCGUUGACUCCCAAUCGAGAUACGCCCCUGCCAUCUGUGAAAAUCGAACCGAGCUCUUGCCUUGAAAAAUUCGCGAUCAGUGAUGAUCUGGAGACGAGUUCAGUCGGCCUUGAUGGUACGGGUGAUUAUGCGACAUCGAAGACACUUGUCAACCUCAAGCACGGGUUGACAUCAAGAGCAUCAUCGUCGGACCGAUCAUCCCCAGCAAAUUCCGUCAAGCUCCCAAGCAAAAAGCCUACAGCCAGUUCUGCCAAAAAGGGUACUGCGAAGAAGCCUGCCGCCAAAAAGCGCAAGGGGAACGACCCAGAUGUAGACAGCGUUGGUGGGGGCCGUUCGAACACGCCUGUCUCCCGGGCCAGCAAAACGCCCGGCAAGAAGCAAAGUUCUGUCUCGAUAGCAGGAUCCCCAGCGCCCGAAGAGAAGAAAAAACCACAGAAGAAAAAGAAGAGAGGGCCAAGAGCACCUGCCGCUCAAGAAGGCGAUGACUCUGACAGCUUUGAUGAAAACGCAAUCUUCUGUAUCUGCCGACGGCCUGAUAACCAUACUUGGAUGAUCGGAUGUGACGCCGACUGUGAUGACUGGUACCAUGGGAAAUGCGUCAAUAUCGAUUCUCGGGAUGCAGAUCUGAUCGAUCGGUAUAUUUGCCCGAACUGCGCAAGUGAAGGCAAAGGAUGCACAACAUGGAAACCUAUGUGCCGGCUUCUCGAAUGCCGUAAACCGGCACGCGUUAAGACGAAACCCCAAAGCAAAUAUUGCUGCGAUGACCAUGGCCGUGAAUUCAUGCGUCAACAGACCCAGCAACUUAAAAAGCGCGCUGGUCAGGCGAAUGGUCUUUUCGAAGACCUAGGUAGCAUGGGUGGCAUCCUGACGGCUGGAGACCUGAAAGCUGCCAUUAUGGGUGUGGCAUCAACACAGGAAUUCCGAAAGCUUGGAGAUCGCAUUAUUUCCCCGCCACCGCAAGCAGAUGAGAAAGAAACCGCGACAGAAACCCAAGCCGAAUCCAAACCGCAGAGUGGCAGGUGGUUAGGAGUCGAUGUUCAUGACAAGAGCAUGGAAUAUUCACCUGAUGAGAUAGCGAAGAUCGAAAAGCUGCGCGGUCAGCGAGACGAACUCCUCCACCGCAAAGAGAUGCUUGCCGCACGCACGACAUUCGUCUCACUUCUCAAGCCACGCGCCAAAGGCAUAGUGGAGAAAUUAAAGCAGCACGAGCCCAAGGGUGGAUGGAAAGAUAUCUGUGGCUUCGACUCGCGGCUCUCGUGGUCUGACGAGGAAUUCGACGAAUGGCGACUUUCCGAGGCUGGAAAGAAAGCCCUCGCGGAGGGAACAGCCGAAGCGUUAGCUAUGGGCUCUUCACCCUCUACCGAUGCAGACGGAGACACAGCUAUGAACGGCGAUAGCGAUGACGAUAUUGCGUUCUGGACGCGUGGCGUGUGCACUAAAAAGCGAUGCGAGCGACACAAACAAUGGGUCAAAGUGCAGCAGCAAGAUAUUCUCUUUGAGGAGGAAACCGCGGAGCAGGACCUCUCCAAGUGUGAGGAGGAGGCUCGCUCGGUGGUGGAGCGGGGUGUGAUGAGGCGAUGGGCUGAGAAGGAUAGCCAGGCCUAA